UUACAUUGUACAUUGUCCCUUGCAAUAUCACUCUUGUAAAUGCAUUGAAUUGAAUUUUAUUUAAUAAAAUAAAACUUCAAGAAUAUUAAAAAUUCAGGAAGAGGGAAAAAUCUGCUCGAGAAUAAAUGAGUGAAUACAUGAGGCAUGUAAGCAAUGUUGGAAAAUGGACAAGGAGGCCCAAGCAUAGGAACGAUACUCAACGGGUGGGGGCGGCUAAGAUCCCGAUGCCAGUGUGAAAGCAAAUCGGCGCCGCCACCAACUGCCACUGAGAUCGUUGACGCGGCACCCUUCAGCUGGAGCCGCGGUGACACAUCCCCCCGACGGUCAGCUCGAGCUCUUGCAAUGCGACCCCAUGACCGGGCCCCCCGCGCAUUCAUCGAGCGCGGGGGGGGAUUUGUAAUUCGCACUGGGGCCUGUGCAUCGGUAAAUCCGGUGCGAGCGUGGAGAGAGAAAGAGUGCAGAAUUUCGGGUGGGCGGCAAGCCAAUUGCAUGAAUCUCGCCAUGAAUGCCACUCCGCUGAAUCCCAUCUCCCAAGAUCAUUACCUCAACUCCUCCCCUUUUUCCCACAACGUUCAAAACCCGAUCAUCGUCGCCUCCUCGCGAUAGCGUGCUCGAUGCGGUGGAGGUUGCUGAAGGAUCAAGCUGGUUGCAAUCUGUAAUGAUGGCGUAGGGAUUUAGUAUCAUGUGUUAGUGAGGACGAGGGGAUGGAUUUAAGUUACUAAUAUAUGUGUGUCCAUCC